UAACAAAUAAACUUACUAAUAAGAGAUUUCUUUUUGACCAUUCUUCUUUUAAAUUUGUUUUUUCAGACAAAUGAUCUUUACUAAUUAUGAAGGAAAAUAUUUCCUAAGCCACAUGCAUUUUUUAAGUCACACAAAUAGAUAAAGUCUUUUUUUAUUAUUAUUUUUAAACUGAUACUUUCUAUCAAAACCUUCUGUACUUUUCCCCCCUCUCUACUACCUCCAAGAUGGUAGGAAAGUUGUUGUUUUGGAGGGCAGAGGAGCUGCUCUCUGAUGUUAUGUCCUCUCAGUGCCUGUAGUGGUGCUGUAGGAGGCUGCUGGCUCUCUUCUUGAGCAGCCCCAGCAGCCCUGCCUUCUUUGCUGGAGAAUAUAUUCAGGGAUUCCCCUUAAUAAUCACCUACCCUCUGAGCACUUUGUACUUUUAAAAUAAUAAAAAGCCCCCCAAAGCUUUCUCCCCCACAAAAGCAGGAUCUCCUCAGAGCCAGGGGGGCAGCAGCAGCUCAGCACAGAGCCCGAGCCCAUUCCUGGUCCCUCUGCUGGGGAGGAAACUCUGAUCUGUCAGCCCAGCAGAGGGAAAGGGGGGAGAGGCGAGAGAGGAGAAAAAAAAAGCAGCUGGAAAGACAAUCUGCUUCAUCUGACUCGUCAUCAUUCCAGGAUAGUGGUCUGCUUGGGGCUCUCUCCUAACAUUGAUAUGGUACAGAAGAUUUAAAAUCAGCUGAUGUUCACAAGGAAUAGAGUCACGUGAUGUAUGAAGGCAAACACAUACACUUCUCUGAGGUUGACAAUAAGCCCUUGUGCUCAUAUAGCCCCAAACUGUGCAAGCAGAGGCGACUUAACGGCUACGCCUUCUGUAUCAGACACGUUCUGGAGGACAAGACUGCCCCCUUCAAGCAAUGUGAAUAUGUGGCCAAGUAUAACAGCCAACGCUGCACCAACCCUAUCCCCAAAUCUGAGGACCGUAGGUACUGCAACAGCCACCUACAGGUACUUGGCUUUAUACCUAAAAAGGAGAGGAAGAAAAAGAAUGAUCCAAUAGAGGAGGUGAAGGUCAGGCACCAGAUGGAUGCUAUGGCCUUCAGUCUGACAGUGCCCACGCUGGCCUUGAAGAUGUCCAAUGGACUGGAUGGGAUGUCCCUCUCUCCACCCGGGGCUAGGCUUCCUCUCCACUACCUGGAAGCAGAGUUAGAAGAUCCCUUUGCUUUCAAUGAGGAGGAUGAUGACUUAAAGAAAGGGGCAACGGUGAGGAAAAAGUUGCAGAGCAAGUUGGCCCAAAACCGGCAGCGCCAGAGAGAAACAGAGAUUUUAAAAGUUCACCAAGAGCACUUUAGCCCCCUUCCUGCACCUUUGCAGCAGCAGCCACUGCAGCAGCAGCAGCAGCACUCCCAUCUGCCACCUUUAUCAACUUCUUUAAAGCCUUCAGGGCUAUCGCAGGGCUUAGUCUGCAAGUCACCUCAACCUCAGAACACCAGCCUACCAAUGCAGGGAGUGGCACCCACCACACACACUAUAGCACAAGCAAGGCAGAUGUCUAACAAGAGACCCCUGCCUCUCCUGCCACCCACCAGGGCUCCUGUCAUGGACCUACCAAGGACUGAUCGGGUCCUCAUGAAAGCCACAGCCUUUUCUCCACACUCAUCCUGCGUGAGCCGGCUACAGAGACUGGUGAAACUGUGCACUCGAAAACAGCAGCUGGAAACUGAUCUGUUUCCACAUUUAGGACUGGACUGGUCUGAAGACAGUGGAGAAGAGUUGGAGGAUUCAGAGCAAACUUCACCAUACCAGGUUGCAUGGUCUAUUCGGGAAACUCUCAGAUAUGAAAGACAUGAGUCAGAUGAUGAUGAUUCGGAUAGCAGGAGUUCCAGGGUGACCCAACUUUGCACUUACUUUCAGCAGAAAUAUAAGCACCUCUGCCGCCUGGAGCGGGCAGAAUCUCGUCAGAAGAAAUGCCGGCAUACGCUCCGGAAAGCUUUGCUGCACGCAGCCAGCAGAGAGCCGGAAUGUGCUGGGCAACUGAUACAGGAUCUCCAAAGAGCUACAUGCACUUGGACCAGCACAAGCCAAGCCAAGCAGAGAGAUGCAGAACCAACAACAUGUAGUGGAACUAUGAAGGGUGAACAGUGCACUAACAAGGCCCUUCCAUUCACCAGGCAUUGUUUUCAACAUAUCCUAUUGAACCGUUCUCAGCAGCUCUUCUCAAGUUGCACAGCCAAGUUUGCAGAUGGGCAGCAGUGCUCCGUGCCAGUUUUUGACAUUACACAUCAGACACCUCUGUGUGAAGAACAUGCCAAAAAAAUGGAUAAUUUCUUGAGAGGGGACAACUCCCGUAAAGUUCAGCACCAGCAGCAGAGGAAACCCAGGAAGAAAACGAAACCACCUGCACUUACCAAAAAACACAAGAAGAAGAGAAGGAGGGGACCACGCAGGCCCCAGAAACCUAUUCCUCCUGCAGUGCCCCAAGGGAACCUCAGUAUGCCCACCAGCAUCUCACUGCCAGUGGAGAUCUCUCACAUACGGAGCCCCUCCACGCCGGAGUUGAGUACAGAUGAGCUGCCCGAUGACAUCGCCAAUGAAAUCACAGACAUUCCACAUGACUUGGAAUUGAAUCAGGAGGACUUUUCUGAUGUCCUACCACGGCUGCCUGAUGACUUGCAAGAUUUUGAUUUCUUUGAAGGUAAAAAUGGAGACCUCCUUCCUACUACAGAAGAGGCGGAGGAACUGGAACGGGCUCUGCAGGCUGUAACUUCUCUUGAGUGCCUGAGUACCAUUGGAGUACUUACACAGACAGAUGGUGUGCCAGUUCAGGAGCUAUCAGAUAGAGGGAUAGGGGUGUUCACCACAGGUGCUGGAGCUCCAGGAAUGCCGUCCUUGAGCAGAGAGGUUAACGCGGACCUGGGGGAGCUGUUGAAUGGGCGUAUAGUACAUGAUAAUUUCUCCAGUCUGGAGCUGGAUGAGAACUUGCUCCGUUCUGCUACCUUGUCUAACCCAUCUACGCCCCUGGCAGGGCAGAUCCAGGGGCAGUUCUCUGCCCCAGCCAACGUUGGCCUUACUUCUGCCACUCUGAUAAGCCAGAGUGGACUUGGGGAGAGAGCCUUCCCAGGACAGUUUCAUGGACUUCAUGAUGGCAGCCAUGCCUCCCAGAGGCCACACUCUGCCCAGCUGCUGAGCAAGGCAGAUGACCUAAUCACCUCACGACAGCAAUACAGCAGUGACCAUUCGCACUCCUCACCCCACGGAAGCCAUUACGAUAGCGAGCAUGUGCCGUCUCCCUACAGCGACCAUAUCACAUCCCCCCAUGCCACAUCCUAUUCUGGUGAUAACUUGGCAGCUACCUUCUCAGCAGAGAUGCCCAUUAUGGCACAGCACUUGCUCCCACCGCAGCUGGAGGUGCCACUUAGCGGGGUGGUGAACCCCAGAACUCACUGGGGAAAUCUCCCUGUCAAUCUUGGUGACCCCUCUCCGUUUAGCAACCUUCUUGGUGCCGAUGGACACCUUCUUUCCACCUCCCUGUCCACACCACCUACCACCUCGCACUCAGAGACCACACAGCCUGCCUUCGCCACUGUGACCCCCAACAGCUCCAGUGUGCUUCCGGGGUUACCGCAGACCAGUUUUAGUGGCAUGGGUCCUGCCUCUGCUGAACUAAUGGCCUCCACUUCCCCCAAACAGCAACUCCCUCAGUUCAGCGCAGCCUUUGGCCAUCAGCUGAGCUCACACAGUGGCAUUCCUAAGGACCUGCAGCCCAGCCACAGCUCCAUAGCUCCUCCCACAGGCUUCACAGUAACAGGUGCCACAGCUACUAGUACCAAUAAUGCAUCUGCUCCCUUCACCACCUCUAACUGAGCUGAUCUGUCUGUAUUUGCAGGCAGAUGGGGACCCUAUGUUUUCUAUCUUCUUUUUCCUCUGUAUUGUCCUCCCCUUCCUUUGAAGAGGAUUUUGUUUUGUUUUGUUUUUUAAAAGAGGGGGUUAAAUAAACCUCCUGCUUCCGUACAGACCAGGUGGCCCCUCAGUGAACCUUGCUCUGGUGUUCACAUGUGCUGUUCAUGCACUGGUGCUCAUUUAUUACUGGCAGGUUCACCAAACCCCAAAAAUGUCCUUAAGGAUACAGCACAGUUACUGGAUGUAAUUGACCUUAGCAGUAAGACCUAGAAAUGGGACGAUACCUCAAAUUACCAAUGCACGUUACUGUUUCCUAGGGUUAAGAUCAGUGCUUUCCAUCCCAUUAGCAUGUCAUGUAGGAAGUUUUUUAUAGUGGGGAAAAGUCUCUUGGUUUUAAAAAAAUAAAAAAGGUAGCAUCUGGGCAUGGAAAGUUGGCUCCACACUCGGGUUUGGUAAUGGUUCACCGAAGCACUGAAGACCAUGGUUCAAUUAUUCAUUUGACAACUCCUUAAAAAUGGUCUUUUGACCUCCUCUGUGGGCGUGUGUGUUUGAGGAAGCAGCAGUUCCUUGUAAUCUGCUGCUGAGACAACAGUAGUUGUGUCCUCUUCUGAAAUUGGUCACUGUUCCUACUGAAUGUUGAUUUAUUUUUUUUAUUUUAGAUUCAUUGAGCAGAGAGGGGAUUGACUGACUAGGGCAAAUAGGUUUUACCUGUUUGCCCAGGGCACUGAGGGUUGUUGCUGUUUCAAAGGUUAGCCCAGGGAGAAAAGAUAAGAAAAUGGGAAGAUUGAAAUAAUGGUCUAGUCAAGACUCAUGCAGAAGUUCCCACCAGUGCUGAAUUACUGUGAUGUUGUAGUGUUGAUGAUUUGCCUUCUCAAAUGUGGCUUUGUCCAGAACUCUGCACAGCCGGUGUUUCCUAGCUGAAACUGGAAGAAUUCUAUUGGUAUGUAUCCGAAUGGUACCCAUUCAGACAAAUCUACGUCAGGCCCCUUUGGUAAAUUUAAAAUUACUAAACUUCUCAAACUAUCUGUUGCUGUUGAGACUCUUUCUAUAAUGUGAUUUUGUAACAGGAGCCAUAUGGUUUUUGAGACACUUGUGAGACUGAUGCUCUAUAUGUGAAGUUGAAUGUAUGUGGGAACCAGCGGGUACAUAAUUUUGUGGUUACCAAAACUAAGCUUACUUAAGCAAAAUAGGGAAAUUCCUUCUAUCAACAAUACCUUGUUGCUUUUAUUCCCUGUUUGCUGAAAAUGCUUUUAAGUCUCCAUGGUCAUAAUGUCAGCUUCUUAUAAAGGCAGUGGAUUCUUCUUAUAUCUGUUUCUUCCCUAAAGAAAAAUAAAAAAUCACAAAGAGUUUGCUUGAAUCAUGUAAUCUCCCUCUUCUCCCUUCCCUCUCUGUCCCCAAAAAAGGAAUGUGCUUGAGGAAAAUUGUGACUUUAUAACUAGCCACUGUGUGAAAGUAAUUCCUACCUGAUGGCUAUCAAAAGUCUCCAUUGUUUGGUUUGCUUCUGAGAUGCAUGUGAGAGAAGAUGAGAAAGCAAAGCAAAUCUGUCUCUCCUCAUGUUGAAGGUAGUUUCAUUAUGAGGGUUAAUAAUUUCUUUGAGCAAGGGAUUAUUCAACUGAGUUCAGUUAUUCCCUAGUAUGUGGACAGUAAUAUAUUUUCCCUCAAUAUAUGUAUUCUGUUCAUGCGAGUGAUGGGGCCCAAACCCUCUGCUCCCAGACUUCCUGAGGGUAGGGGUUGAGAUCUGGAUCCAAACUUCCUGGGUGCAGCCCAUCUCGUGUUUAUAUCCCACUAGUUAUAGCCAUUCCUGUCUUUAUAAAAGCUUUGUCCCUUUUUAAUUGUAAAGAAAUAAGCCCUUUGGGUACAUCCCUUGCUGAAAUUGCAAGCAUAUGUGGGUGGAGGGGGAAACAUUUAUUUUCAGGUUUUUGAUAUUGGGAAAUCCUUAUUCCCAUACCUGGUCAAAUGGGGCUUAAUAUUCUAAUAAAUCCCAGUGUUCUUAAGUGUGGUCUAAGUUUGUCUGUAACUGAUUUAAAUGUUUUCAAAUCAUGUCAUAAGUUGAAAUGAGGCUUAACAAAACCCCACUAUAUUGUCCCACUGAUUGAGGAAUGCCCAUUGAUAUUGUGAAGUGAGGAAAAGCUGAUAGGAAUUUUUUUUUUUUUUUAAUUCUGUUCUCUCCCUUCCCUGCGUGCUUGUGAGGAGACAAAUGUUUGAUUUGCAUUAUUUUCCGUUGUGUUAAUAUACGUUCUUUAGUGUAUUGAGAUGAUUGAUUGAAAAAGAAGGGUGAACUAGUUUGCCAAAUGGGUAAAUAAUCAAUUGUUAAAUCUACCAGUAUUAAAUGUCAUGUGACAGUAUGUUCUACAGAUUAGUUUGAGGAUUUUGAUUUAUGAAAUAUUUCUGACGCUUGUCAAAAUUUGUAAAGGAACAGCAGCCUGUUCUCUUCUUCCCACACAUUCAUCACUUUCGUUUACCUACCAGUAGAGAAAACGCUUGGGCCCAAUUUCUGAUCUCAGUUCCAUCCGUGUAAAUCAUGGAGUAAUUCUCUUAGCCAGAUGAGUUACUAUGGAUUUACACCAGUGUAACUCAGAACAGAAUCUGGCUCUUAAUCUGAUCAUUUAUUUAGGCUGGGAUUUUCCAAGAUGCCCAAGAGAAUGUAGGUGCGUAAUUCCUGUUUUGAAAUCAGAUUCCCAUAAGGCAACUUUGGAAGUCUCACCCUGUAGAUCUCAGCUUUAUGGAUCUGUGGGUGAUUUUUCCUAAACAUUGGCUGCAUAACAUUUUUCAUGAGCAGAUUGAGUUUGCAAAAAAGCUGCACUUCUUUAAACAAGUUUUCUAUUUGCCAUGCAUUAGAAAAGGAAUCCCUGUCUACUUUCCAGUAUAGAGCUUUGAAGUGGUCAAGAUUGUUGCCAGUUGCAGGUUCACCUCAUCUAAUUGAAGUAUAACUAAUUUAAUGAAGGUGCAUCCUAGUAAGCAGUUCUCAUUUUAGGUCCUAAAUCUGCAGUGAGCACCACGCAGAUGGAUCCCUAUACCCGCACAAAGCCCACUAACUUCACCCACAUAGAGUUCAGUGCAGGAUCAGCACCAUAGUGUUGUGGGAAGAGUAGUGGACCCAAGGACAAGGGGUUAUACAGCCAGACAUGUCACUUCUCUCCCGCCAGAAAAUACAUUUGUUUCAUAUGGGAUUUGUCUUGGUUCUUACGGCUGCCAUUGGUAUGGUUUUCAUUCAUGCUCUCUUGAAAAGGGUGACUCUCCUAUAAUGCAGCAAUUAGCACUAAUUACCCUUUUACCAAAGAGUCAGUGUAGCAAUUCCAAUCCAUUUGUUGAAAUGAUCAGUAUCUGCUGUGCCACUUAUACAUGAAAUGAACAGAAUAAAGCUAGUUUAGUAACUAAAAAUUAUGUUCUUUCUAUAAAUUUGGGGUUUUAAAGAAUUAGAAUGCAUUUGACAGAGAAGUGUAGAAGCAGUAAUGUCUUUUUGGGUAGUAAUGUCAGGUGAUUUUAGCACAGAGGCAUAAGAAUUGGCAGAGAUUACACUCUUGACAAAGGUUAACUUUGCUUGGACAAUUUAUGGAGGCCAGUGAGGGCCAGCAUGAUGCUGGCCUGGUUUAUAAAGCAGUUACGUCUAAUAUAUAUUCCAUACAGUGAGAAUUUCCUUUGAUCAUUCAGUUUAUUUGUCAAAUUUAGCACUGGCAUAAGCGGACUCAGAUUCUAUUGGCUGUUUAAUGGGAAAAAAGGAGUGAAAUGAAAGGCUGGUCCAUUGGCUCUACUACUUGCUAUAUUAUGAGAAGUACCUUUGAAUAUCAUCCACCUUCCCUUUGGUCAAGACAUUUGUUUGUUUCCUUGCCUCUGAUUGCCUUUAUGUAUUUGCACAUCUUAACAAUGAACAUUUGUUCAAAAAUAACUUACUGCGGUUCUGCUUAACCCACUGAGUGCCAGACUAUGCAAUAGAAGGACUUUCCAGUUUCAUGUCAUAGGUUCAUGAAACAAAGGACUGUUCUUUCUUAAGCAAUUUAAGGUUCUCAUUUGGUAAGCAUUUCUAGGGUCCCUCCUUGAGAAGCUUGUAAUCUUCCAGCAAACAUUGGAGAUGAGAUUGCAAGCACAAAUGCAAGAGAAAUAUUUUUGCUGUCAGGAAUGUGUGUUUGUUCUUCACUGGGAGGGGGCAGAAGAAGCUAACUUUUAAAAAAUAAUAGCUUCAUUGAAAGCUUUAUUACUGACUUCAUGAAUUGCUUUCUUUGGAGAUCAUGAUCCUAAUAUUUAGACUUUGAGAGGUCAGAUUCUCAGCUGGUGUAAAUUAGUAUGGCUGUAUCAGCUUCAUUGAAGCUGUGCUGAUUUACCAGAGCUAAGGCUCUGGCUGCAAGAGUCUCACCAGGAACACAGAACAGAAUUGAGUUUGGUAAAGCUUUCUCUGACCAUUGAAUUACACUGUUGGAAAACUAAUUUCACCAAGGAAGAGGAAAAUAGUCCUUUGAGAGUAUGCCUUCACUUCAAAAUUAGCCCAGGCAUCCUAGUCUGGGCACCUGUGUUAGUGUAGACUGGGUGUGAGGAGCCACGCUGCUCUCCCCCCCCGUGUGUCGCUAGAACGGCUGGGGGCAUGGCAGGUGGUGCUGCAGUAAGCUGAGUUGGUCUGAUUCUUUCCCAGGGAAUUGUGGAAGAGCUUGUCCGUCAUUGUGAGCACACAGCAGGUGGGGUGAGGGGAACAUGGGAAGGUUCUGGAGAAUUGACAGGCUCUAACCCACAUCCCUAGCUGUGCACAUAGGUUUUUGUGUGUGAACAGGAGGGGAGUUGGAGCAACACUUGAAAAAGAACGUUGGCUAACUCUGUAGUGAAGACAUACACCCACCCAUCUCAGUGUGUCUUUAGCCUAAUUUUCCUUUUUAGCAGUUGCUUUUAUCAAAGGGCUUGUUUCUCUUCUUGCCAGUCCAGUGAAGGAGCUUUUAACACAGCACCAAACUGAAAUAGCCCAGAUCAGAUGUGGACCCAGAAUUCCAAGCCCCAUGUUGGUGGAAGCAUAUUUAACUGAAAUAAUAGAUUCACGCUGCUGGGCCCUCAGAGCCUUUUCAUAAGGCUUUUUAACUUAGGCUGGGAGCGGACAAGUGUUCUGGGCUGCUCCUCUUGCUUCCUUAAAUUUCAUCCCCUCUUUCCCACUCUCUUUGCCAUCUUUUUUCAUGCUCCUCCACCACCACCCCAACACAAAAAAUUGCCAGUUAUUUAAAAUCCUUUAUGAUUGAUAAUGAGCAAAUAUUCUGAUUGUUUAAAAAAGGGUUUAGGAGAGGUUCCUGCGAGUCAUAAUAUCAGUUUGGAAGUCAGAGCUACAGUGCAAUAGAAUAUUGAGUAAGAAUUCACAGAAUAUGGCGUAAAAUGAAAAUACCAUGUGAUAUAACAUGGCAUUACCAGUAAAUUGUGAGCUAGCUGCUGAGAAUAUUACUGUGGUCGCAACAGAGAGAGCUCUGUGUGCUCAGGAACAUUACAUGUAAUCUUUUUCUUCCCAUAAGUUCCUUUUAUUUUAAAGGAAGUUGCCAGUAGAAAAUGACCUGGAAAAACUUUAUGGACUUGGCCUUAUUUAAAACACAAAGUUGAUAAAAUACUCUCAAGAAGAACCCCACUAAAGUACGAUGAUUAUGAUAAUGGGAAAACAAAAUUCAGAUUCAUUAGGAUUUAACCCAGGUCUUUCAGAAUUGGUUCAUGAAGGACUUUGGCUCUAUCAGAAGGUAAAAAACACUAGUAAAAUAUACUGUUUGUGUGAACUAACAGAGGUUGGGGUAGGAAAAAGCUACUCGUUAGCAGAAGAAAGCAAACUGCAACCAUAUAUCAAAAGGCAAUUCUGUGAUCACUGGUGGCUGGGUCUAUAUGGGGAAAAUGACUGGAUUCUCAGGAGUUUUUCCUUAGCAAAUCUAUAAAAUCUGUAACUCUGGCUAUGUCAUGAUUCAGUUACCUCUCUUGUUUUUCCCUCACCGUAUUGUGGUUUUUCGUGCCCUAGUUUUCCAAUUAUCAUGGAACAAGGAUAUGUAGUGGAAGCAUGAAAGAAGGAAACAGACUUUGAAUUGCAGUUUGGAGGUGGCAUUUGGAAGUUUUCCUUUUUUCUAGGUAGCCUGAAGUCUUGAGCGGCACAUUUUUUUUUUUUUUUUUUUUUGUCUUCCCUAGCUCAUAGAAUUCAACGUUGUGUAGAACAGUGCAUUCCCCCUCUCCUUCCCGGUCUCCCCCCCCACACACACACUCUCUCUCUCUCUCUGUGUGUGUGUGUGAAUUGGAUACAUAUGUUGAACUUGGUCUAGUAAAACAAACGUGUGUAAACUGUGGAUAGGUAAUGCUCCCAGAUCUCUCCUGGAAAACUUUAACUGUGAUGCAGAUGGCUCUAAUGCAGCUGACUGCUACACCAUUGCUUAUAUUUUGGUGUAAACUGAUUUACCCUGAAAUGACUCUCUAACCUGCGUCUUAAAAAAUACAAUUGGUUCCAGUGGAAAUAGAUCCGUUCUGAAGUGAUGGACAGUUUGGUUCUCAUACAAAGUACAUCUAUUUCAAAGGGGUUGAACCAGUUUCUCUGAACAGUGAUAAUUUUCACUGUACAGUUUUGGGUAUGUCUCAGGGAUUCCUUGUGGAAAUAAGGGCAGUUAACAUAAAAAGUAAAUAGUUUUAAAAGUAAAUAAUAAUUUAAGGUAGAGCUUCAUCUAAAUGAGAGCGCAAGAAAGAGAAAUCUUGUUGAGUUUUAUAGUCCAUGGUGUCUGGCUUAGGGACUUUUUCUCUUCUCGGGGUGCUCAUCUCAAAUUCAACAUACAGAAUCUUUUUUCAUCACGGUCAGCUUUAAAACUUUUAUUUAAAGAUACCCUUCCCCAAUGAGCUUUCAGAAUACUUAUUGUAGAUUUUAAGAGAAAAGGUAUAUUAAUUUAUGCUAUUAACAUCACCUCAUAAAUUAUAAGUUUUAUACUAAAGCUGUAUUGAGUGUAAUGAAUUAUGUUGCAUAUGUGUUUUUAAUAGCUAUAAAAUUAUAUACAAGCUUUUUUGGAAAAACAAAAACUAGUAAAGCACCUUUUUACACUGGAUCUUUGCCGUGUCAAGGUGUACAGCUAUUCUUUGCUACCUUGCAGAUAUAUAAAAAUAAAAUGGUAUCCUGUAUCAACAAAACAUAGAUCUCUUGUUAACCUGUCCGUAUAUUACUGCUCCUAUAAUUUUUUUUUUUUUUUUUUUUUUUUUUUUACUACAUCCUGCAAUAAUUUAUCUGUGGUUUGUACCAGUAAUGGUUAGAUGUUUAGUUACAGGGUAAAUAGAUCAAAUUAAAAAUCCAACUACUGAAGCUGGAAGUUGUGAACCAAGUUUUUAAGAACUUUUUUUUUUUUUUAAUGUAUUUGUUUCCAGUUAUGCGAGUUGGAAUUUGACAAGACGGAACAUUAAAUCUCGGAAUCCACAGUGUCUUAUUCAGGAACUUCCCCCCCUCCUUUCCUUACAAAAGAAUUCCCACUGUGACUUAUAAAUAGAAUUAGACUGCUUGUGUGCAUGUAUGUAUUAUAUACACACACAAAAAUAUGCAUUUUGGGGGGGCUGUAUGUGUGAUAUGAAUGUGUAUACUGUACGUAGGUCAUAGUUUUUGUAAAGAGAAAAGUAGUUGAGAGGUGAUGGAAUAUACUUGUAGAAAUGUGAUUUAUUUAGUAGGGGGUUACUCUGUCCUGACUAUUGUAAACCAAACUCUCUCUGCUACAUAGUCUUCUGUUAUAAGGCUAACUCUGAUAUCAUGUUGAUUUUAUUCUUUUUAAUUGAAUUGCAUUGAGCCCUGUUAAAAUGUCAUGAAAAUCCCAGAUUCCCAAGACAGCCUUAAAAAAAGGAGGGUGAGUUGUAUUCUUAAAGAAAAUUUUAAAAUGAGAUUAUUUAUAUUUAGGGUGGUGAGAUAUAGGAAUUAAUGUCCAUUUUCAAGUUAAUACCAGAAUCUCUCAUACUCUGACUUUAGAAUAUGUUGUCAGUCAGUCAUCCUUGUGUUUUCAGGUUAAAAAAUAUUGAGAUGGGUGAUUUUUUUUUUUUUUAUUUUAUUUAUUUUAAGGUUUUUUUUGAACCGGUCUCCAUUCUCUUUAAAGGGUUUCAUUUUUAAAGUUAUCUGAUUUGUUUUCCUAAAGGGGUCUGUUGUUUUACUUUUAACCAAAAUAUUGCUUCUGGGGACUUACAAAUGUAUACAAAACAAAAUUUACUUCCAGUCCUGAGAGUUUCAUUUGUGCGGUGAAUUCUAAACUGAAAUAUGGGGAUUUAAAUUUAUUCUUAAUUUGAGAGGGAAAUUAUAUAUCUGUAUGGGAGUUCUUACCUGAGAGACAUAGGAAACCCAAAACAUUCCUAUUUAUUCUCCUUGUCAUCCUGAUAUUUAUCAUUACACCAUCCAGGCUGGAGAGAGUAAAAUCCUAAAUGAUGCACGUUCUGUAGCUGUUAGUUUGAAUCAUGAAAAUUCUGAAACUUUAAAAAUCUGUUUAUUAGAAAACAAAGCUUCCAGUGUUACAGAUAUUUCUAAUUUGUUUUGGGCGACUUUUUUCCUUAAAAAAAUAGUUGCAAAUCCAGACCUUUUUUUAUGUUGUUGAACUAGGGUUUUUUUGCAUCCCCAGCCUUUCAAAUAUGUUUAUAUAUUUUUUUUAAUGAUAAUUCUUGUACAGAUGCCUACAAAAGAAGGGCAGGGAGGUUGAAGUUGUCUGAGGCCUUUUCCUCCCAUUAGUUGAUCAUAAUGGGAGUUACCAGCAUAAACAAUUUUAUGCAUUUAUGGGGAAGAAUAGAGCCCUCUUGUGUAUAUCUAUAUAGAGAGAUGUAUAUGAAAUCUGGGUAGCACUUUGCUGAACGUGGAUUUGCCCUCAUGAUGUGCAGUACAUACAUAUGAGUUCAGCAGAUCUAAAUCUGUAUAUACAUACAUGAAAUGUACAUACAUAUCUCAGACACAUAAUACAUAUUAUGUGUGUGUGAGCGAGAUCCAGAUAUGUAUAAUAUCCACAAAGUGCGUGUUUAACCAUGAAGCAACUGUCACAAAUGAAGUUAUCGUUCCAGUGAGGAAUUUGGAUGGCGUAAAUUGCUGACUUCAGUGUUGUAACUAUUGAUCUUGUUACCUGAACCCUCAAGAUGGAAUUUCCUAGUACAUUUUUGCUUAUGUUUAUACUAUAUUAAUGUUUUUUGAGGCCUCUUCCAACACCCACCUCUUAUGCUGCUCUACACCAUUACCUUCAUCCCAAUUAAUCUCCUACCCCAGCAUUUCAAAAUCAAACUUCCAUCAGCAGUCAGCUUUAGAGCCUGAUCCAGUUCUCAUUGUAAUCAAUAGAAAGAUUCUGACUGACUGCAAUGACAGCUGAAUCAGGCCCUGCACACGCACACACUGCUUUCCCGAUUGUUCAUGUAAAUUCAGAAUUUCAAUGUGACUGUGGUGAUUUUGUUUUGUGAUGUGAACUGAAAUACUUUUUGAAAAUGAGAUACAAAGCUGUUCAGUGUCCCAGAAUGUUACGUCAAAUGCAUGUUGAGUUAAAAAUUCAGAAUUCUAAAACAAAAUAGUGAAAAUUCAAGCUUUCCUUUUACUUUCCUGACAAAAGGAGAGUUCCGCCUUCUGAAUCCACAGAUGCUUAAAGCAAUGCUGAGAAUGCAGCUUUGUUCUAGGUAUUGGUGAUUUCAUCAAAUGUCUUGAGAAAUGCGGAUCUCUAAAUUCAACCUUAGAGACUUUAAAAAAUAAAUCAUGGUUAUCCUUUAGGAUAUUUGAGUUAAUAUCUUCAGUCUACUCAUGUAUUAAAUUAUUUGACUUUUUCAAAGAGUUUUUUGUAUUUCUUGUUUUAAAACAGUAUUUUAGUUCACCUUUUUAAGCUAAAUCUGGAUUCAAUAACCUUUUAACAGAAAGUGACAGUUAAAAGUCUGCUCCUGGCUAACCAGUAUUUUAGUUUUUCCAAUUCUGUUUUCAAGUCUUACUGCUUUCAAUAUUUUUAAUAUUUAUUUUGUCAUAAUUCAGCUACGGAAUUUUGUCUUACAGACAAUUCUGUAGGAAAAUGUAACCUUAUGGUAAUGUUUCUUCUGCUCUUUCACAUGAAGACUUCUGUAAUACAUAUGUUGGGGCGUGUGUAUGCGUAUAUCUGUGUGCUGAGUGUGUGUAUGUGUAUAUAUAUAUAUAUUUAUAUACACACAUAUAUAUUACACACAGUAUUUCAAUUUACAUAAACGUGGAGAACACAUUCGUAGGUUCCUGAUAUAUACUCAUGCAUAUGUGUAUUAAACAUGUAUAUAGAGUGUAGAUAUAUUGCAUAUACACAUGUAUAUGUGUGAAUUUUGGUUGGCAAUUUUUUACAUAUAGCAAAAUGCUGUCCCUUAUGGAAUACUUUCACUGAAACUGCAUUUAUAUAUAAUGAACGGAAAAUAAUCAUCAAAAUUUUAUUUAAAAAGGAGACUCUUAAUUAUCCAAAGUUAUUCAAAUAGUCUUUUUAACUAGAAGGAGGUUGUUAUAAAAAAAACUACCAUUCAUCAUAAAGGCAUCGGAAAGAAAUUAAGACACUAGUUUCUAUGUUUUUGUUCUUUUUGGUUUUUCUGAGGCCAAGGCAUAUGGUAAUCAGGGUUUUUCCUUUCUGUUCAACUAAAUUGCAAAAGACUCACAUUUUCCUUAAAAUGUUCCUCCUCUAGAUUUUCUCUACAUAAAUAUUUUUGCAUUGUUUGCCUCAUACAUUCAAUAAUAUUGAUUUUUACUAACGAGGCUUUAAUAUUCUCCCACCUUUGCAGGAAAAAUGUCAAUUCAUUAUUAUAUCCAGUGUCGUAGCCAUAUUGGUCCCAGGAUAUUAGAGAGACAAGAUGGGUGAGGCAAUAUCCUUUAUUGGAGCAACUUCUAUUGGUGAGAGAAACGCCUUUGGAGUUUACGCAGAACUCUUCUUCUAGGAAACUUACUUGGAGUGUCACAGCUGAAUACAAGGUGGAACAGACUGUGUAGCAUAAAUAGUUUCAUAUUUCAAGGGACCAUUCAAGGUGAAGUGGCCUAUU